AUGGAUAAUUUUCAAAUAUCGUACAAUUAUUUCAAAACUGCAUUUGAACUAAAAAGUGUUCCAUUUCCUAAAGAACUUGCUAAUAUUCUUGAACCACCUGCAGCUAUUAUAACAACGACACAGUCAUCAAGCAACUCUACAGCUGUAAACAUGCAUGAUGAUGACGACCAAGAUAAUACAGAAGACCAUAGUCUCGAUGAUAGUAGCAAUAGCAACUACAGCGAGGAGUAUGACUAUCCACCUGCACCUGUCAGUGUUACACCAGCAUCAGCGAAAGGAUUACAGGAAAACGUUUUGGAUAAUAAUAAUGACAUUCAAUGUCGUCGUGAACUUUACAAAGAUUUAUAUCAGUUAGUAUUAACAAAACCUUUAAACAUAAAGACUUUUUUCUCUAUUACAAUCGCAACUAUGUCACAUCCCGAACCAAAAACAAACGCCGAUAAAAAUCACGAUGAUGUGGAUGAAGAUGAUGAACAAUUACAUAUAUUAUAUCAAAUUGUACCAACAAUGUAUAACACAACGACACAAGAACCACACACAAAAGAUGUGAAAUCAACAGUGGAAUCUACAACAAUAACAACAACACAAGUGAUUGAACCGACUGAUAUCAACGUCGACAUCGAAUAUCUGCUCAAAAAGGAUCCGAUAAAAUACAUUUAUACACCAAGUCCAAAAGAUUAUUCAGGUUUCGUUCAUUGUACAGUCCAUUGUCACAAAGAAGGCCUCCUAUCAAAAACAUUCGCAUUGUAUUUCAAUGGACGAAACGACAACGAUCAAACAUUUCUUUUAACUGCACGAAAACAUAUCAAACUCGGUGGACAUUCAGAAUAUCUCAUUGGAAAUGAUGAAAAAUCUGCCAAAGACAUCACCAAUGAAAAUGCCAUUGCAAGAUUAAAAUGUAUGAACAUCAUUGAUACCGAAUACAUACUUUAUGAUCAAAUGAAUCAACAAUCUCUUGCCAUUAUCUAUAAUACUUAUAUAAUCGGAACGAAUGAACCAAGAAAACUGACAGUUUUAAUGCAUGAUGCCGAAACUGCGAGCCAACCUUUGAAAGAGAACGAAACAAUCAUUAAUGAAUGGCGAGCUGGACGUGCGAACAACUGGACUGAAAUAAAAAACGUCGCACCAAUCUACGAUAAUGAAAGUAAAAAAUACAAUCUUCCAUACAUUGAAAACCGUGUCCAACAAAUGUCACAUAAAAACUUUCAACUAGCACAUCAAGGCAAUGUCAUCAUGCAAUUCGGUCGUAUUGAUUACAAAACUUAUGCUCUGGAUUAUCGAUAUCCUCUCACCGCUAUGCAAGCAUUCGCUAUCGCAUUGAGCGCUUUUCACAACCGAUUUCGUAAUUGA